AGGUUCAUAUCUUCAAUUAAUUAAAUUGUUAACUAUUGUAACAAAAAAUGGGCAAAAAUAAUAGAGUAUCUCCUGACAGGCCCUUUAGAAAAAGGGAUAACUUUUUUGACAAAUCCAAACCGGAGUUUAAAGCUAAAAACAAGUUCCCCAAUAAAUAUAACAAAGCAAAACCAACAGACUUAAAACCUAAAAAAGAUUUUUUAAAACCUAGUACGAACGGCUCGAAUGAUUUCUUUGUAAAGCCUUUUUCCGCUAAAAACGAAAUAUCAAAACAAUCCGAAAAGCCAGAUAAAAAAGUUAAUACAGAAUCACAAAAAGAGCGCAGACCAUUCGAUAAAAAAGCGUGGAGGUUAAAAAAAUACAGUAAAAAGUAUAAGUUAGACCAGUGGGAAGAUAAACGAAAAAAGGCAGUAUUAAGAGGGUAUUACCGAAACCUUAAGGACGACGAGCCCAAAUUGGACGUCAAAAAAAUCUACGAAGAAAACCCAAGUGAAGAUGAAGAUGACGCGGGCAGAACAAACGAAGAAAACGAAAACAAUCUCAACAAGUCCAUCGACGACGAGAAGGAACUUCCAAUAAGCGAACCAGAAGUAUUUGAAGAACCCGCCAUAAACGCGAAACAAAAGAAAAACAAAGCCUUCAAAAAAGCCCACAUGGAGUUUCAAAGGUUAAAAGAAGAAAAGCUGAAGAAAAAGGAGGAAGUCAUGAAAGUGAAGGCGGAAAAAGAGAAAGCCAUAGAGGAAUACAAAAAGAAAAAGAAUGAGAAAUUUAAAAGGCUUAACAAAAAGACGAAAAGAGGUCAACCUAUAAUGAAAGACAGAAUCGAAAUGCUGUUGGAAAGGAUACAGCAAAAUGUCAAUAAUUAAUGUUUAUUAAAUUCUAUUAUUUUUAUUUUUUGGAUAAUAAACUUACGGAAUUUCGUUUAAAUGACUGCGUUAUUUUAAAUAAGACCUUUUAAUAUCAAAGUCAAAUAUUUCAGUUCAAAGCCGAUAUAAAUUUUACAAUAAAAAA